GUUGAACGACGCGUCGGUGACGCCAUGGCCGGCGAAUGCGGAAGUAGAGCGAACAACGGCCAGAGAUUGAGGGAAACGAAACAUAAACAGAACCCAGACAGAAAAGAUGCUGCCUCGAAAUUAGAUCGACCCGACGUUAUUUAUAACUCGGAGAGAAAGCGGGCUUUUUUUUUAUUCUCCCCCGAAAGGUAUAUACGCAACGCAGCGGACGCGGCUGUAUGCAAAAUCAAAAAAACGAUAUCGAAAAGUAUUUUGAUUCGACCGCCCCGGCUUAUUUGGAUGGACUGCGGGGCCACCGUCAAGCAUCUGGAGAGCUCAGAAGACCUCCAGAAGCCCACUGACGAAGAGUCAUGCGAGGAAGAAAUGGACACCUCCGAGGCCAAGUGGCGCUGGUUCUACCUCGCCGAGUGCGGCGUCUGGCACAUGUUUGAAGAAGUUCCCAGCACGGGUUGUUCCGUCACCAAUGAGCAAAUCGAACAAAACUACGUCAAGCAUCAGCAUGCUUCAAUGGACUUCUAUACCGCCAAAUAUACCUAUAAAUUAGACUUUUCUGCUAUGAAACAAGUUAAUGUGACUACUGGGAAAGAAAGGCCAAUUAAAAGGGCAUUGCAUUCAGCUACUGACUUUAGGUUCAUCUGUGAUAACCCAGCCCUUCCUGUACCCAGUCACUGGGAAAGAGUUAAUACAGAAGAACCCUAUCAGCUUAUUGCUUUAUGCAGAGAUACAUUUGAGUACAAAGAAGUGGCCCGGUUAUACGAGAGGACCAUGAGCCAGCCCAUCAGAUCCAUUCAAAGAGUACAGAACCUGGACCUGUGGGAGUUUUUCUGCAGGAAAAAGGCCCAGCUGAGAAAGAUAAAACAUGUUAUAGAUGUUGAAGAAAAGAUGCUUUUUCACGGGACCGGUCACAGUAACAUACAGGCCAUAUGCACGUACAACUUUGAUUGGCGUCUCACGGGAAGUCACGGUGACGUCUACGGAAAAGGAAGUUAUUUCGCACGCGACGCAAGAUACUCGAGCAAGUUUUGCCACUCGACCAGCAAGCACAACUUCAUCCUGCAGAGACACGGCCUGGCGCCCCCCGUCUUCCAGAGCGACCCGCCGUACAAGUGCAUGUUUCUGGCGCGGGUCCUAAUCGGGGAAUAUACCCUGGGUCACCCCCAGUACUGCAGACCGCCCUCCAAAGACACGAGCAUCGCCAACUUCUUCGACAGCUGCGUGGAUGACACGACGAGCCCGAAGAUCUUCGUUAUAUUCGACAGCAACCAGAUCUACCCCGAAUACCUGAUCGAGUUUUACUGACUUCAGAAGACUGCUUUUUUUUUCGUUCUCGUGAACGGUUUGGGCCGGUUAACUGCAAAAAAAAAAGUGCCUUUUGGUGAAAAACUGUGAAUGGACAAAAUACUGUGUCUGUGGUGGAGAUACGACAUAUUAAUAUUUUAUAUGGAUCGUAUGUUUUUUUUAAAUUCUAAAAUUAAUUUAUGAUACAAAACAUUAAUAGAAAAUGUCCUUUUAAGGAAUGAAAGGACAAAAAAAAAAAGUCGAUCGCAAGAAAUCCGACGUAGAUUUAAUUUAAUGUGAUGCCAUGAAAAUUAUGUACCGGGAGUAACGUAUUUCAUAUUUGCACACGUUCGCGUUUUAUUGUUUUUCGUAGCCUACCUCUCCACAACUCUACCUCUUCUCGUACGUGUUCAAAAGACAACAGCAAAGAGACUUUUGCCCCGAGAGUCUUUAUGAAACGGACGUAGCGACAGAUCGUUUCUUCCAUAUCGUGAAGCGGAUUAUUAUUUUUUAUGUCAAAAUAAAAAUUUAAAACGUAAAUGAAAAAAAAAGCCCAAACAUGCAUGGAAGAGUCAUUCAAAAUAAGACGAGCAACGCUGCAUUUAGAAAAAGAAGAAAAAGACGGUGACGCUGUAGAAUGGGGAGCGCUUACUUUUCACUCAUUCAUGUCUUAAUUUGCUGCUUAUUAAUGGUUAGUAAGGUAGCUGUUAUGUUUAGGUUUUGGGUAGAAUUAGGGGAUGAAGAAAAAGGCAUUGCUACGCGCUUAAGUACUGCUAAUAAAUGGCUAAUAUUCUAAUAUGCAUGCUAAUAAAAAAAUAGUUAAGAAACCCUAAAAUAAAAGUGUUACCAAAAGUAUAAAAAAA